AUGACGUGGAGCUCCUCCGACUCCGACCGCGACGACGAGCCGGCGCUCGCGGCGCCGCCGCCCGGGACGCCGCCGCAGCCGGCCGCGCCGGCGCGCAGGCGCAGGAAGCUCCGGCCGCGCGCGGCGGCGGCGCGGCGGCGCGCCGCGAGCGCGAGGGAGGAGACUGGGGACGACGGGGCGGGCGCAGAGGACGUGUGGCGCGGGGCGGAGUGGGAGGCGGCGUGGCCGCGGCGGGCGGCGGCGAGGCCGGUGGUGGUGGCGGCGGCACCGGCAGCCGCCUCCGCCGGGGAGGACGCGCGCCCCGGCGAGGGCGGUUUGUCCAGGGAGGGCAGCGGCUUCGGGCGGGCGAGGAGCCUGACCGACGACGACCUGGAGGAGCUCAAGGGCUGCGUGGAUCUGGGGUUCGGGUUCAGCUACGACGAGAUCCCCGAGCUGUGCGGCACGCUCCCGGCGCUGGAGCUCUGCUACUCCAUGAGCCAGCGCUUCCUCGACGAGCACCACCACUCGCCGCCCCCGACGUCCGAGAAGAAGGAGAAGGCGGUGCCGGCUCCGGUGGCCCCCGCCUCCCCGGCGCAGCCCAUCGCCAACUGGCAGAUCUCCAGCCCUGGGGACAGCCCAGAGGAGGUAAAGGCGAGGCUCAAGUACUGGGCGCAGGCGGUCGCGUGCACCGUCAGGCUCUGUAGUUAAUAAUCCAAUCGGCAACAACUCAAUCGUGCCACACAGCAUCAAGACGAAGCAAAAUCAACCUCAAUCAUUCAUGGGAGGCAUCUGCAGCAAAGCGCCAAGAGGAAGACGUGUACAUCUCAAUUUUGAUCACCACUGAACACAGGGAGGCCAUAUGCCAUCUGCCAAACAUGCCAUGAAACUGUCAUCGGAUCAUCGCCGUCGUCGCUAUCAGCAGCGAAAGGCGCACCAUGUAUGAAUCAUAUUGUUCAAUCGUGUCGACCCGGGUUCAGAAAGCAAAGCAGGAUGGAUGUGAGAUCAUGGAUGGACAAUGGAUUCUUCUGAUAAUGCCACUAUUCAUAUGAAUUCCCUGAUUAACUUUUGAAACAAAAACAGUAUGAAUCCUUGCUCCAUGCUAGCAAUUGUAUUAUUACUGUAAAAAUAACAUGUACAAAGUAUUCUUGAAUCAGAUGAAAAAAUAAUAGUAUUCCUUGCUGAGCUGUA